CAUCGUCGUCUGAGGUAUCUGGUGUCGGAGAACUUGAUUUUUAUAAAGAAAUGGAUGACCAUCCCAGCAUUUCCUUCAGAGGAAAGAGAGUACCUGUCAGGAAACAGAUGUCAACAUCUUUCAUGGAUCCUUUCAACUUGACUAUUGAUGUGACUGAAGAAUUGGAUGAAGACAAUCAAGAAGAUGACCCCACUUUACAUAUAACACUAGGAGGGGGAGAAAUUGAAGAACUGGAGGACAGAGCAGGGGCAGACAUUGUAUUUGGGGAGGAAGAUGAUGACGAUGAAAGUGAGAGUGAUGAUGUUAUUGAUAAGGAAGUCAUUGGUCCAGGAAUCUCCAAAAUGUCAACUGCAGAUGAUGUGGGAACCUUAUUGGAUGACAGUUGUGCCUUGGUAUUCAUCCAUCAACUAAAACACCUUGCAAACUUGAAAGUAGAUGGAAACUGUGUGGUGAAAGGAGGUAAAUUGGGGAUACAAAUAAAAUUGGAUAAAGUAGGAUCUGCAGUGUAUUUGACCUGGGUGUGUAUUUAACAGAUAAGUAUACAUGACAUAUAGAUUUCUUAUUAGCUAUAAUUAAUUCAUUUUGAUGAAAUGCACACAAACAUCAGGAAAUUAUGACUGUCAACAGAUAUUGUAUUACAAUAUACACUGUAUGUAUUUUCAGUUAGAAACUUGUGGCACCGUCGCACGUAUAAUUGAUUUCAAAUAAGAGAGUUGAAUUUUACAUGUAGCAAUACAGAGUUAUCAUAGAUUUUAUUUAUCAAAUAUUAUCCAGG